AAUGGAAGACACCUGCCAGCGACAAGAUGCCCAAGCUAAUCCUGUACGGCAUGGAGGCAAGUCCGCCAGUUCGAGCGGCCAAAUUGACCUUGGCUGCCCUGGGUGUUCCCUACGAAUUCGUGGUGGUAAACACUCUGGCCGAUGAGAACGUCUCUGAGGAGUUUCUGAAGAAGAACCCCCAGCACACGGUGCCCGUGUUGGAGGACGAUGGACAUUACAUCUGGGACUCACAUGCCAUCAUUGCCUAUCUGGUGUCCAAGUACGGCAGGACAGACAGUCUCUAUCCGAAAGAUCUCCUCCAGCGCGCUGUGGUGGAUCAGCGAUUGCACUUCGAGUCUGGGGUGAUAUUCGCCAACGCACUGAGGAGCAUUACGAAGCCACUUUUUGCUGGUCGGCAAUCGAUUCCCAAGGAGCGUUACGAUGCGAUUACAGAGGUCUAUGACUUCUUGGAGACCUUCCUUGCUGGAAAUGACUGCGUCGCCGGCAGCCAGCUUACGAUUGCGGACUUCAGUAUCAUCUCAACUGUGUCCUCGCUGGAGGCCUUUGUGCAGGUGGACGCGGGCAAAUACCCCCGGAUUGCUGCCUGGAUCAAGAGACUACAGCAGCUUACCUACUACGAGGAGGCCAAUGGCAAUGGAGCUCGUGCAUUUGGUUCCAUCAUCAGGCAGACUAACUUCACUUUCGCAUCAAAGUGAAUCAUAUUAUGCUGUUACUAAAAAAUCACUUUAU